AUGGACCUCCCGCCACCCUUGACUAGAUCUCCCGUCUCUCCGCCAAAUUCAUACUCCCCUUCGGCUAGAUCUUCUUCCAUCGACUACCCGUCGCCGGAACUCGUGGCUCAGCACUACAGCCUCAGCCUAUACGGAUCUUCAUGCUCCAUGGCCUCGUCGGCUCAGGAACCAGAUCAUUCCCACACUCCUCUGGACAGCAUGGGCCAGCAGGAAUGGGCUCAUGUUACCAACCAGACAAUGCCUAGCAUCGUCUCGGCAGCAUACGACGGCUUUGGGAAUUUUGGUUCAGCCGCUUCUUUUGGACAUCAUGAUGUCUACGCUUCACACCAGAACCAGGACUCCAUUCUCUCCUACAGCCCUCCUCCCACACACCCGCGAUCGCCAGUUGGCUCUUUGAGGAGUCCUUUGGGUUACACCUCGGGCACGCCGAUGAUGCUGCAGUCCAUGACGCCCAGGAUCAAGGUCGAGGCCGCACCUCUGGAUUACCGCCACGGAGGGGACAUGACGCAGUACCCCUCGCCCGCCAGGUCACUGAACGCAUACCCAGCAGACGUCGGCGUCUACUCCACGACGGUGCCCAGCUCCGGGUAUCUCUCGGACACGCAGUCCUCGGCAUGGAGCAAUAAGGACUACAACUCGGCCGAGAACGACAGCUACUACAGCCCAGGCCAGUCGAGUCUGGGUGGGUCCGGCGACCGGCAGAAGCAGGAGCGGGCGGUGCGGCCGUUGAAGAAGGCAAAGAGGACGACGACGAGCAAGGAAGAUGCCAACUUCUUCUGCGAGGUCAAGGGCUGCGGCAAGAUGUUUAGCAGGAGCUACAACUACAAGGCGCACAUGGAGACGCACGACGAGAAGAGGGAGUAUCCCUUCCCGUGCCAGACGACAGGCUGCACCAAGAGGUUUGUGCGCAAGACGGACCUCCAACGACACCAUCAGAGCGUGCACAUGAAGGAGCGCAACCAUAAGUGCGACUACUGCGGCAGGUUAUUUGCGAGAAAGGACACGCUGAGAAGGCACAUGGAAGACGGUUGUCCCAAACGCUUCGACAUUGGCACCCUUGACCUGCGCGCCGAGAGCUAUUCGCAGAGACCAGUCAGCUCCGACAUGGGCAUGCUCUCGCCGACGCACAGCACGCUACCCCCGUUGACGAUGCCUUCUAUUGGCAGCAACGUAAUGAUGAUGGCUCCAGCGAGGGGCAGAGACAUAUUGCCGAGCAACGACCAGGGUGGAAGACCACAAGGCUGGGGUCGUUGA